UCUGAAGGCUCAACCUCCACAGUGGACCAGGAGGCCAAGGUUCGAGCGGAGAGACAGGUUCAACCAAACCAUGGACUACCAACAGAAACUGGCCGAAAAACUCACCAUCCUCAACGAGAGGGGGAACGGGGUGCUGAUACGCAUGAACUACAUUAAGAAGAGCUGUGCAGACCCCAAAACGCGUCCCCCCAUCCUGACAGACAAAGCCAUGGAGCCGGCCAUCAAGUACAUCAACAAGAAAUUCCCCAGCAUCGACUUCAGGGGAAAUAUUCAAAAUCUGACCAGCAUCCAGCGACAGAAAUCUGAAGUAUUGACGGCCACGACGACCUACUACGACUCUUUCCUGGAUGUCAUUGAGUUCAGGGACCAUGUUUAUGAGCUGCUGAACACCAUAGACGCAUGCCAGUGCUUCUUUGAUAUUGCAUUCAACUUUGACUUCACAAAGAGCUACUUGGACCUGAUCAUCACAUACACAUCUGUCAUCAUCAUACUCUCUCGCAUCGAUGACAAGAAGGCGCUGGUCGGCAUGUUCAACUGUGCCCACGAGAUGACCAAUGGCAGCAGUGACCCCUCUUACCCGCGGCUUGGCCAGAUGUUCGUGGAGUACGAGCAUCCGUGGAAGAAGCUCACUGAAGAGUUUGGACCUCACACAAGGUCUGUGACGACAGCGUUGCUAUCUCUGAAGAUGGUGUACCCACGCAGGAACCUGCCAGCAGAGCAGUGGCGGAGUGCCCAGCUCCUCAGCCUGCUGAGUGCUCCAGCUGCCAUGCUGGACCCGGCCUGCUGCGACACUAUUGCAUGUGAAUACCUGUCCAUGGAGGUGAUGGAGCGCUGGAUAACCAUCGGCUUCCUGCUGUGUCACUCCAGCUUGAAUACAAACCAGGCAUCCCAAGAGCUGUGGAAGAUGGCUCUGCGGAGUGGCCUCUUCCUAACCCUCACCAGAGACGAAGUCCUCAACAUACAGAAAGUCUCUGAGGACCUCUUUGACAGCAUCAAAGGAUAUGGCAAGCGAGUUGCAGACAUCAAGGAAUGCAGAGAGCAUGUUUUAGCCAACAGCGGAGCUCUGCACAGAGAGCGGAGACAGUUUCUGAGAGGAGCGCUGAAGGAAUUAUUCAAAGUUCUGGAGGAUGAGCCUGGACUUCUGGGACCAAAGGCGCUGUUUGUCUUCAUGGCUCUGUCGUUUUCCCGUGACGAGGUCCUGUGGCUCGUCAGACACUCUGAGAAUAUGCCAAAGAUAAAAACGCCUGAGGAUUACGUUGACAAUCAGAUGGCAGAACUGCUGUUCUACAUGGAGAAGCUCAGAGGUCUGAUGAGGAAGUUUAACUAUGUAGUUCAACGUUACCAUGUCCAGUACCUGGCACAGUUUGAUGCCCUGGUUCUCAAUGACACCAUACAGAAUAUGUAUGUUUGUCCAGAGGAGGAGUCAGUCCUGAUGAGCUCGUUUGUCUCCACUCUGUCUGCUCUGUCUGUCAAACAAGUAGAAAACAAAGAGGAGUUUGAUUUCAGAGGACUCAGACUGGACUGGUUAAGACUGCAGGCCUACACAAGCGUGAACAAGGCUCCCCUGCCUCUGAAGGACUACCCUGACCUAGCGAAGGUGAUGAACGUGACUCAGUUUCACACCAAGAUGGUGGACGCUGUGGAAGAGCUCCUGCAGGAGACAUCUGAGCUGUCUAUACUCUUCUUCUAUCCGCGGGUCUUUGAGAAGAUGUUUACCCUGAGCAGUGAGGAGAUGACCAUGAAGCGUUACCUCAUGGCCUUCCCAACUGUCUGCUCUCACUUCAGUCUGUGUGGUCACCCUCUGUGUCCAGAAGAGACAGGAGCAAUGGAGAAAAAGAGUCUCCGUCUGUGUGUGACCUUCCUGGAGCAGAUUGCCAAACAGACCAGCAAUGUUGUGUUGGAGAUUUGUGCUGAGCAGUGCAACCUCAAUGACCAGUUGCAGCCCAAACACUGUGCCGAGAGCAUCAGCGCAGCUCGCCACAGGAAGCAGAAGAAGCCGAUGCCAAAGAAAGGAGAGGUCCAGAAAGAGAAGCCAGGCGCUGAGAGUCUGAGGAAAGACCGCACCAUCGCCUCCAAUGUGGACAAGAUGCACAUGAGGCUGACUGAGCUGUGCUCCACCUACAGCCUCUGCACUGACUUCAUUGUCUUCGAGCACAUCGUCAUUCCCGCAGAGUUCCUCAUCUCUCAUCUGGAGACACGCCUCUCUGAGAUCAUCGUGAGAAUGGCAAAUUACAACCAGGCCACCCAGGAGAUAGCCCGUCCCUCAGACCUCCUGGCGGGGGUGAGAGCCUACACGGCCAGCCUCCACACCCUCUCCAGCUACAUCAACGUGGACGUCACACGGCUUGUGAAGAGCGUGCUGCUGCAGCAGACACAGCCGCUGGACUCUAGAGGAGGACAGACCAUCACCACCCUCUACACAAACUGGUUCCUGGAGAGUCUCUUGCGUCAGGCCAGUAACUCUUUCAUUGUUCACUGUCCCACAAUGCACUGCUUCGUCAACCAGACGACCGAGAGCGACCCGCUUUUCCGAGCAGAGGAGUUUUCCGAUGUAUCAGAGUUACAGGCCUUGGCAGAGCUGAUUGGCCCAUAUGGACUGAAGUUUCUGAGUGAGAACCUAAUAUGGCACAUCACCUCUCAAGUCAGUGAGCUAAAGAAACUGGUGAUUGAGAAUAUGGACGUCCUGGUGCAGAUGAAGAACAACUUUGAUAAGCCGGAGGAAAUGGCCAACCUGAAGAAGAGGCUGACAGGAGGAGAGAACGUGCUGAAGAGGAUGACCAUCAUCGGGGUGAUCCUGUCCUUCAGAGCAAUGGCACAGGAUUGCCUCAGAGAUAUCCUGUACAAGCAUUGCCCCUACAUGAUGGGACCCAUCGAGUGUCUGAGGGACAUCAUCUCCCCUGAAGUUGACACCAAGGUGACUCUGAGCGUUUACGAGCUAGCCUCUGCAGCAGGUCUGACAUGUGACAUCGACCCUGCCCUCGUCACAGCUAUCGGCAACAUGCAGACAGAUAACACGUCCAUUGAUGAGGAGUACAAGCUGUCCUGUUUGCUGCUUGUCUACAUCGCCGUGUCCCUGCCUACCCUGGCCCUGGACCCCAACUCUUUCUACAGCCGGGAGCAUGGAGGUCACAACAACAACAUUCACUGUCUAGCUAAAGCUAUCAACCAGCUGGCUGCUGCCAUGUUCACAGUGCAGAACAAGGACAUAGAGCAGCACCUCAGAGAGUUUCUUCUGAUGGCCUCCUCCACUCUGCUUCAGCUGGGACAAAACGUGGAGAGAAUAGAAAUCAAAAACCGAGAGUCGGUCUACCUGCUCCUACACAUGAUUGUGGAGGAGUCUCCGUUCUUGAGCCAAGACAUGCUGGAGAGCUGCUUCCCCUACGUUCUGCUCCGAAACGCUUACAGAGAGGUGUACAGAUCCUUCAUCGUCACGCUGGGCUGAGGACUUUGUUGAACACUUUCUCUCUGUUUAUCCAUUUGUUAACGAGCAUUAUUGUUUGUUUUCAUUAAUAAUGUAUCUUUUAAUCAGCUCUAAACAAUCACAUUUGGUUAACCAUGACCUAGAAUAUUUUUGAGGAUGCUUCCUGUGAGACAAAACUCUGUGUGUGCACAAAAGAUCUGCAGUCCUGUUACAAACUCUACACUUGUUUUAAGGCACUCAUCUGUCUGUGUUUUAAUGCAUAUUAACAACUUUUUUUUACCUAUAUUUGAAUAGUUCUAAUGAAAUCCAGGUUAUUUCCUUCUUAUACAUCAGUGCCAUGACAUAAAAAAUAAACAUUUUUUGUUGUCAAACUUCCCUUUUUUUUUUUUUUUUUUUGAUAUUUUGACUGAUUAUGGAUGCUGCUGAACAUUUACCUUUUCUAAAAUACUGACAACAACAUUAUCCUUCUGGUUGUCUUUCAUCCUAUAUUCAACAAGUGCUCCUCUUCUAUUUCCAGUCUGUCCUCCACCCCCACUGUCCUGUCCUCCAGCCCCUCCUCCUCCCUUUACAUGAGCACCAUCCUCCUCAUUUUUCAUGUACAAUUUAAAUGAUCCUCUCCAGCUUUGCAGAACCAAAAGUACUUGUUCCUAAUUUUAGACUCUGCCUCUUUAGUGAUUUUAUUUUGCAGCACGCACUGUCCCUCUCUUCUUUUGCUUGCCUCCUUCCGCCUCCCUUAUUGCCUUUUUCUGCAGCUACAUCCGUUCGGUUACAACACAAAAGAUGUGCAUGUGUGUGAGUAAAUCUUAUUUAGGUCUUUAGCUUGUGAGGCCAAGGGACUCAGUCAUCUCAGAAGAGCAGAGGCGGUUCAAUUCCCAGUACAGGCAACACUUACGUGAAUGAGCAUCCAUGAAUAAACAAAUGACAGAUCCUUCAAACAAUCCCUUCAUGCAAAACGUUUAAAGUAGGGGUCAGAGUUCAACCAAACACUGAGCCGAAGAGAGAUGUUUAAGUACAUAAUUUAACCUUGUGGAAGAAUUAUAGUAGAAUUACAUGCAGUGAAAGCCAAACCUGCAAAAUAAGCCUCAGUAAGAAAAAAAACAUAAUUUUCCUCUCAUGUAUAAUUUCUGUUGUGUGCAGAGGGAACAGCCAGAUAUCAGCUGGGAGGCUUUUCUCAUUUUUAUUUCAUCAUGCCUCCCAUUAAGCAGCAGCCUGACUCUUGAGCUGCCCCCUUUCUGCGAGAUCCUUAAUGCUUCUGACGUUUCUUCUCGCUGAUAAAGUUUUUAUGGGAUUUUUCUUUGCAUGCUGGGAAGGAGAGUGUUUACUCAUCACUAUUUAGGAUUUAUAACUGUGUGUAAAUAUUUAAUAAACUGUUUAUAACACUCUAUAAUAGUAAAUGCAGUCAGUUUUAAGUGUUUGUCUUCCUCUUUCAUUCCUUCCUGAAGUGGAAGCUGCUGUAUAAACAGAUAAGAAGUAAAACACAAUUGUUAUUAUGUGUGAUAUACUCUAUGUGCACAAAAGUAUUCAGACGCCUGAUCAUCACACCAACAGAGACUGAAAUGAUAUUUUAUUCAAAUACGUCCUUUAAUUUGGACUUGGACUGCCUUUGGCAGCUCUAACAGCCUUCACUCUUCUUGGAAAGCUUUCCACAAGGUUUUAGAGUGUUUCUGUGUGAAUUUGUGCCCAUACAGCAUGAGAAGUGUGCUCUAUUUUUAAUCAGGAUUAGAUUCUGGUUUAUUAUCAGAUACAUUUACACAGACGUGGAGUUUAACUUGGUGUUUUAGUGCAAAAUAAUGUAGACAAAUGUAGAAUAAAGAUGUAAAAGGCUCUUAACCCUGCCAGAGCAUAUCUUUACAUAUUUACAACCUUUUUUUUUUUGAGUAUUUGAAUUGGAUAUACAUCAAUAUAACCCUUAG